AAUUUGGAACUCGAGCAAAGACCGUAAAACACCACUUAACAAACACGAGGUCCUCAUGAGAUUAGAAACUGCUACGUGCAUAGUGCGAAUAACCUAAAACGCGAACACAGGAACUCCUUUACUUUAAACGGAGCAGAAAACCUUGCAGUCAGCGUUCGUAUCUAUCUGCUUCUUUGCCAAGGAUCAGUGAAAAAACAUUAACAUCAAUUCCCACUUGUUCGGCUUUAAUUCAGCUGAUAUUUGAUCGCUUUCGAAAAUUUGAUUUUAUUGGAGGAAUAGGUAUGAUCGCUGAAUGACGAUGAACCCUUACACUCAAGCCGUCGAAUCCGUUUGGGGAUGGCAGAGUCAACAAUCCACCAUCGCCAAUAGAGCCAGACAUAUUUUCGGGAAAGACAUUUUAAGCGACGUCACUUUCCGGCUCCAACAACCCAAUAGCCCCGUUGUGGACAUUAAAGCGCAUAAGUGGGAUAACGGACGGAGUGUAGACGAAAUUUCUGUUAGCCAUGGGUAGUGCGGUGUUUGAAACGAUGUUUUACGGCACAGUCAAAGAAACCAAAAACAUCAUUAAAAUCACUGACAUGGAUCCAGAAACAUUUAGAAUUAUUUUAAGGUUCAUCUACUAUGACCAGAUUGGGCCGUUCAACAAAUCGACCUCAUUCUCAGCACUUUAUGCAGCGAAAAAAUACGGCAUUCCAAUUUUGAAAAACGCCUGCGAUCAGUACUUGAGACAAAAUGUUGCUGCUGACAACUGUCUGGCUUGGUUUGUGCAGGCAAAACUGUACGAUGAAACCGACUUGGAAAACUUCUGUUUGGAAAAGAUUGAUUUAUGGGCAGCAUCCGUACUGCAGUCUGCAGAUUUCCUGGAAAUUGAUUUGGACGUUUUGAUAAUUAUCCUGCGCCGUGACACUUUAAAGGUCAAAGAAAUGGAUGUAUAUAAUGCAGUUACGAAAUGGGCAAAUCAUCAAUGUGAGCUGAAAAAACUUGAACUAACCGGAGCCAACCAGCGGUCGGUUUUAAAGGAUGCACUGUUUCUGAUUAGAUUCCCCAAUAUGGCAUCUGAGGAAGUUGCUAGUGGACCAGCCAAGUCGGGCUUACUAACGGCCGAAGAAAUCAGCCAACUUUUUCAGUUUUGGUUUGCUAAAACAGCGUUACCCGAGAAAUUUAUCAGCCGAGUAAGAGUCGGCAGCCACACGGAAGUAACAGUUUCUCGGUUUGACAACACGUGUAGCUCGUCCUGGACAUACAUGCCCGGUUUUCCCGAUGUAAUUAAGUUUUCGGUUGCGCCUACGAUAUCCCGCGUCCGGGCAGUGUCCAAAAUUGGGAUGGUUGCAGAACUGAACACGGAGAAGGUUAACUUGGUUGCUGUUGGUUUAUUUGUCCAAAGUCCACUUCCAAGCGGCGUUGCGUGUACAGCGUGCAUCAAGAUAUUCGCUUACGAAAAGGCCGACGUUCAUAUAUUUGGUGGCCGCAAUGACCUGGCACCAAGAGAACUGGAAGAUUUCCGCCAAACGUGGACCAUUCCCAGCAGCACCAAUUCAACUACUGCAAAAUUUAAACUGGACAAACCCUUUCCGGUUGUGUUUGAAAAACAAUACGCUUUAUCAGUGCAGAUUACAGGCAUGCAAAAGUCCUUUUAUGGCAUAAACGGGAAAACACCAGUAACCACUUCUGGAAAAUGUUCACUCUCAGUGCAGUUUUUCAGCGCUCUUGAUCCAGAAUAUGAACGCCAACGAUAUGACGGCUACCACUCGUAUAACCAAAGGCAAAUUGGCUACAAUCCAAGUACCGGAACUAGUACAUGCGGAACAACAACUGUUGAUAAUGGACAAUUUCCUCAUCUCUAUUUUGAAGUAACUUAAUCCUUUGUCAUCACGAGUUUCACCGGAUUUUGUACAAAAGUUCUUCGUAAAACCGACGUUCACGCUGCUGUUUUUAUUGCAGUCUUGUACUCUUGUGUUAUUCUUUAUGGUCCGUUCUUAUUGUUAAAUUUCACUUUUUGAACUCUUCCGGAAAAUAAGUCCUUCAUUAUUCAUCUACUGUACAGAGUUCGAUUGCUGCAAUAAACUGAAAUAAAGCCGUUUGUUCCUUUUUUUA